AUGAAUUUUCCAAAAAAUCUAACUUUAUGGGACAAAUUUGACCUGUUGGGUUUAACUAAUGAUCACAAUAUCCAGGCUUUUCUGUUUUUGCUGUUCUUACUUAUAUACACUCUUGCUAUUGUGGGAAAUGCUAGCAUUAUAAUAUUGUUUAAGUCUGUUCCUAGUCUUCAUAUACCAAUGUAUUUUUUUCUUAGUCAUUUAUCCUUUUCAGACCUCUGUUACUCAUCCAUCAUUACCCCCAAACUACUGGACAUCUUGCUUGUUGGGGACACCACUAUAUUAUACGGUGAAUGUAUGCUUCAGCUUAUUUUAUUUAGUAUAUUUGGCAGUCUAGAGUGUUUGAUCUUGGGACUAAUGUCAUGUGACCGCUGUGUUGCAAUAAGCAGACCAUUAAAAUAUCAUUGUAUUAUGGCAGAAUCAACUUGCAGACAGCUGAUAGCAGUCUGUUACACUAUGGCCAUUGGGACUUCUUUGCUAAAUGCACUCUAUGCUUUGCAACUGACAUUUUGUGGUGUAGUCAUUCAUCAUUUUUACUGUGAUUAUCCCCCCUUGUUAAAGAUUGCCUGUUCAGACACAUCUGUUAAUGAGCAUGUGCUCAUAGCUUCAGUCUCCUGCAUCAGUGGCAUAUCAGUUGUCACCAUUAUGGUUUCCUAUGGCUAUAUAAUAUACAUUGUACUUGGAAUUCGCUCUACAGAGGGAAGACGUAAAAUCUUUUAUACCUGUUCCUCUCACCUGACUGUUGUCUUAAUGUUUUACGGCACAAUAUUGUUUAUGUAUCUGCGUCCUGGCGCACAGUAUUUCACAGAUCAAGAUCCAGUUGUAGCAGUUUUUUUUAUACUGUGGUAA